AUGGACCACCUUCAAAAUGACUGCAACAUUCCCUGGAUUCGGGCAGGCCUUGUCCUGCGUAGAGAUGGAUCGAUCCCGCCACCCAAGACCAAGGAUGAGUUCCAUCGAUUCCCCAAGAAGUGUGGCUGGCAUCUGGACGACGAGUAUGACCUUCAUGUCUCUGGCAACUCGUCUGACCAGGGGUUCAUUUCGUUCGACCAGCUUCUACAAGCCUGGUUGUUCUUUGGGCUCAUCUUCACGGUGCUCCAGAGAGACGACAAGCCCAUACUGUCGUUCGAUGACCUGUAUUCCGGCUCAAAUUUAAGCACCAAGUCGCUUCAGAAGGCCGUAGAAGAUUGGGUGUUGUGGGAGGUCGGUCAACCCGAGAACCGGUGGGCGCGACUGAUCCAGAUCGAAUACGUCUUGAAAAAAGCCCGUCAUGUCGUACGUCGAUACUGUGGCUGUGGACCUGAUGGCAUCGAGCCACGGUAUUCAACGGACAUGAGCGGAGCAUGGCAUUUGACUGACGAACAUGCUCUCGCCCUCAUGGUGGUUGGAGAGACUCUCUGGGCCGCGAAAUGCAGGAUCAUUCAACAGUGCAAAGCAGACCUCGCAGGAUGGCACAGUGACGACGACGCUGGCUGGGGCCCGCCGCGAUAUGUCCUACUCAAGAUGCAGGACAAGGGCUGGUGCAAGCGCGCGGUGUUCUUGCUGAAGGGACAGCUGAGAUCUAACGCAUCGUUGCUCCUGCAGGCCCUUUCAGCAUACAACGACUCAGAUAGAAUGAUCAACGGGCACGAGGAAUGCGACUCAACCACUUGCAAGGCUAAAGUGGUAGAUAAGAACAAGGAAUACGCCACACGCUGUCUAUGGAAAUGUAAGACUAAAAAGUGCGACCUUGUUGGCCCGGAUAUGAAUCAGGUGAAAGAUAUCUUGGGAAUGGAGGAGGACAAAAUGGCCGAGAUGGGUAACCGAGAUAUACCAUUGGUACGAUUCAAAACGGAGAACAGCGAUGAUCCGGACCCCGAGGAGUUUACGUUGGAGGUCGAGCCUCUCAGGCUUCACGAUGCCCAGCCAUUUGCCACUAUAUCGCAUGUUUGGUCAGACGGCUGGGGGAAUGAGAAGACCAACCAGCUGCGGGUAUGUCAGCUAAGAUUCAUUAGACGUCAGUUGCGGCGGGCCAACAAUGGCAAGGAUAUUCCUUUUUGGAUGGACACGCUAGUUGUACCUGUGAUGGAAAACAACAUGAUGGAUCCAGAGUUGCGACGGCUCAAGACCAAAGCUAUCGGACAGAUAUUCGAGGUGUUUGCAAAGUCAAGUUACACCAUUGUCCUCGACAACGGAUUAUGCACGAUGCCACUCGCCGACGAAGACAAGCCUGCUGAGGCGGCCAUGAGAAUUCUUGCUAGCCAAUGGAUGCGCCGUUUAUGGACAUUGCACGAAGCGUUUCUGAGCAAAAAGCGCUAUAUCACGUUCGAGGAUUCGUCACUCAAGGAGAACAAUCUUGUCAGCCUGGAAAAACUCCAAAAUGAUCUUGCAACUCGAGAGGCUCAAAAGUCUCCUCUUGUCAACUCACUCCGGGAACUAUUGCUCCAAAACACCAUGUCUGAUGAACACAGCACAAUCGACGCCUUGGACCGUGGCCGAUACGGGGGUAUAUCCAAGAUCCAAGCUGCGAUGCUGGUAUCCGGGGUUUGGCGUGCCGCGCGAUGGAGGACUACAACCAAUCGCGCACACGAGACAUUGGCGCUCGCAACGUUACUUAACGUGAACUAUGAGGAGACUGAAAUCGAGGAAGCAGGUCUGACCCUGCAUGUGUCGGACGAAAAGAUCAACCGGCUGGUGUGUGAAUUUUGGAGGACAUUCCACAGUACCUACAAGAAUUGCAUACCACCUGGAAUCAUCUUCCUUCCCGGCGGAAAAGUCGAAUUAAAUGGAACCCUCGGCUAUGGAUGGGCUCCCAAGACAUGGAUGUCAGCCCACGAGGUUGACUAUCCUGACCCCCUGAGCAAAUGGACGGCCGAGACAGAUCUGCUUGAAGGAGAAGGCCUCCUUGUCAAAUACCCGGGAUUUCUCCUUCGCAUGAAUAGCGAAGCCAUGCGAGGACGAGUGUUGGGACUGAACAGCGUCGACGAGGACGAUUUCACGUUUCCCGUUGACGACAGUCUUCUGGAGUGGUACACGGCCCGACCUGCCGAUCCAGGGCAAUCCAUCCCUUUUCUUUCCGGGGUACUGAAAAGCGACAAAAGAUUGGCUAUUAUCCUAUCCCGACCGCAACCUAAAGCGUCACCUCCAGAGAUUGGCCUUCUGGUGGAAAUUUACAGACCGAGCGUAAACAAGGUCCGGGAGUCUGAGGGUAGCGGGUCUUCACAGACGUACCGCUGCCAGAUUAUCAGACGACUUCAUGUUCGGCGAGAAACAAAAGCGAUGUAUCUCACUGGUCCGGGACAGAAUGGCCCGCAGCUCACUGACCCAUCUGAUCGGAAGAAACACCCUCACUGGGAGAUCAUCACUGGCUCCGCUAAGAAAGAAAUCAACACCUCUUUCUCCAGUACAGAGGCUCACACUACCUCUUCCAACGAAGAAACGCAAGGUUUUUGCAUUGGCGAGACGCUUCCUCCGCAACAGGCUUGGAUAGUUGAUGGCUAUGUCGUGAAUCGCACCGAGAUCGCGAAAUCGAGAAACCGGUAUCAAGGACCUCCUAUAACAGCAACACAAACUCAGAGUCAACAACAAGUCGCAGGACCAGACGCGAACGAGCCUCUCCCCACCACAAAGGAUAUUGAUAUCAAGCUGAACCACAGUCGGGGUUCGGCCGUAACGCCAGCCUCUAUCAAUCGCUCGAACACGGCACAAAUAGGUGGGCAGACUGAAGGGUCGUGGACCAUGCCAAGCCUUCGAAGAUUCUUCGGGUCCGGGUCAGCCCGGCCUAGAUCUAAUGGUCCACAGCCUGGAAUAAACAGAAGUCAAACCCAGGCCCUCGUAGAGUUCCCCGAUCGAGCGUCCCAGCGCCUUCCUGACGGAGCUGGACCAACAUCUCUUAGACGACACAAAACACAUGGCAUAUAA